UGCCGUUCGUCAGUCGCGUGCUAUCGAUGCUCGAUCGCGAACCGUUAUUCGCCAGUGUGCAAGGAUUCGCGCCUCAUUGAAGUUUGAACGUCCAACCGUCCUCGUUACUCUCGAGAUGAAGAGGUGCUUCCUUGUCCAAGUCGUCGUCGUUGUUGCGAUAUUUCAUCGUACGAUUGCCGAGCAAAUCGAUCCACCGAUUCCUUGUACGAGUCCUGAAAAUUCAUGCCCGGAGUUGUCGAGUACACCGACCAAGGACGUGUUCUGCCAGUACGGAUUUUGCAUGUGCAAGAACGGCACGGAAAUCCGAUACUGUUCCAGUAGGAAAAUUCUACAACAGGACAACAGAAACACAGGGCCGUUAGGGUCGUCCUUUUCCCGUGUUUGCAAAGUCAAUCAGGAUUGCAAGUUUGUCAAUUCUUUUUGCAACACGACGAUUAAUUGGUGCGAAUGCCAGAAAGGUUACGUUUUCUCGAGCAAUAAGAAACUCUGUUUAAAAAAGGCCGAAGCAAUCGAUUUCCCAUGCGUCGACGAGACGCAAUGCUUGGCUUAUCUGCCGAAUACCACGUGCCAGAGUAACGGCCAAUGCAACUGUAUAUCUGGUUAUCAUUACGCGCGAGAUGCUUGCUAUAAAACUGUCGGUUUCGGAAUAUUGUGUUCGAAAUCCGAAGAGUGCUCUCUCGUCGAAGGUGCAACCUGCACCGAUACAAAAGUGUGUGGAUGUCCCGCGGAGACUGUGAUCGAUGCCGCGGAGAAUAGAUGCUUGCCAGUCGCUCGGGAAAUUGGAGAAAAAUGCGUGGAAGACGUACAGUGUAACGUGACAUUUGGAAAUGUCGUCUGCGUCGCGGAAAGCUGUAGCUGCCAAAAUGGUUACCACUUUGAAUUCGAGAUUAAUCGGUGCUUGUUCGACAGAGCUUUGGAGGAAAAUUGUGGAAACACGUACGACUGUUAUCAAUCCGAAGACGAAAAUGUGACCACCAAAGCAGUCGAGUGCGUGGAAAACACAUGCGUAUGCGCUAAAGACUUUUACAGAGAGGGUAACAGAUGUAUCAAUAACGAAGGUGCGUCUUUCUUGGGAUCCUUUCUAUUGCUUUUCCUUGUAACCUUGGUCCGUGUCGCGUUCUGCAACCAGCCCUUCUAACUCUUUGGAUUUUCCGCGUUCCUCGCUUCCUUCGAUCUUUUACUUCCUCAUCUUUCUUUAAUCUACCAAUGGGAAAACUCGUUUUACCCUCGAAGCACUUUGGUCUUGAGUGAGGUCCGUGCACCGUGUCUCGGCUAGAACAUGAUGCAGGAUUCAGCGUGGGAAAGGAAACCGUUGCGGUCCUACAAGUAUAAUAUAGCUGAACGUAAGAGUAUAGGGCCAAGAGAUUGUCGAAUCGGUUAGUGUCGUCCUUAUCGUUUCGAGCCACUACCUCGGCUAACAAUAGGAGAUCUUGUCAAAUUCAUCGUCCUGUAUACCGAGUUAUGCGUCGCGUCGAGUGCAACGAGAGAAUAAUGCGUCGUGUGCAUCGAAGCGUUCGAUGACUUCCUUCGGCUCGCGGGCAAUUAACGCGAUUGCUGGAACCGCGUUACCGUGGACUGUGAUUCGAGACCUCCUUAUCAUUAUCGAAGUAAACCUUAGGGAAUUUGAUUAUCUCUUCUGGUGAAAUAAAAAUCACAAGUUGACGGUAACGAAUAGCUAGAUGAAAAGUUGCAUAGCGUAUUCGUCGAAAACGAAAUUCGUCUAUCGAAUCAUCGGGUAGACGAUACGUCUACGUCUAGCCCGAUAAUGCUGAACGUAGCCACCGUAGGAGAUACGUGUACUUUUGCGUGGAACGCUAGAGGCCUACGAGAAAUUCUCGUCGUGAAUUUUGUAUUAAGUAAAGUGCGAGUAGUAUUUUAUUUGUAUUACAAGAAAAGUUGCGAUCAAAUGUAUGCGAAUCGAAUCGUAGCAACAUCGACGCCAUUUAAGAAUUUAAUGUUUAGCUCUAGUCGAACGAAUGUCAUUUUUUACAAAUAAUUUAUGCCUUGGCUUUCGGAGAAAUAGUAGGUAUAGUGCAUGUUUUUCCAAAUUUCUAAAAUACCCUGGAUGCAUUUACACUGUUACAAUAUUAUUGCGAAACAUUGGACAAAGAUUAUUGUUACCAUAGCUGAUUUACUUCUUUUUUUUUCUAAAAUACAACAUAAUCAAAAUUAA